AGGAGCUCCGCGGGCUCAGCGUGGACACGAGCCUGGCCGUGGAGCAGGGCGCCCCCGUGGUGGUCAGCACCGCGGUGCAGACGGGCGACAACAUCACAUGGACCUUCGACAUGGGGGACGGCACCGUGCCGUCGGGCCCGGAGGCCACAGUGGAGCAUGUGUACCUGCGGGCACAGAACUGCACAGUGACCGUGGGUGCGGCCAGCCCCGCCGGCCACCUGGCCCGGAGCCUGCACGUGCUGGUCUUCGUCCUGGAGGUGCUGCGCGUCGAGCCCGCCGCCUGCAUCCCCACGCAGCCUGACGCGCGGCUCACGGCCUACGUCACCGGGAACCCGGCCCACUACCUCUUCGACUGGACCUUUGGGGAUGGCUCCUCCAACACGACCGUGCGGGGGUGCCCGACGGUGACACACAACUUCACGCGGAGCGGCACGUUCCCCCUGGCGCUGGUGCUGUCCAGCCGCGUGAACAGGGCGCGUUACUUCGCCAGCAUCUGCAUGGAGCCAGAGGUGGGCAACGUCACCCUGCAGCCAGAGAAGCAGUUUGUGCAGCUCGGGGACGAGGCCCGGCUGGUGGCAUGUGCCUGGCCCCCGCUCCCCUACCGCUACACCUGGGACUUUGGCACCGAGGAAGCCGCCCCCGCCCGUGCCGGGGGCCCUGAGGUGACGUUCAUCUACCGAGACCCAGGCUCCUAUCUUGUGACAGUCACCACGUCCAACAUCAUCUCCGCUGCCAAUGACUCAGCCCUGGUGGAGGUGCAGGAGCCCGUGCUGGUCACCAGCAUCAAAGUCAAUGGCUCCCUUGGGCUGGAGCUGCAGCAGCCAUACCUGUUCUCUGCCGUGGGCCGUGGGCGCCCCGCCAGCUACCUGUGGGAUCUGGGGGACGGUGGGCGGCUCGAGGGUCCGGAGGUCACCCACGCUUCCAACAGCACAGGUGACUUCACCGUUAGGGUGGCCGGCUGGAAUGAGGUGAGCCGCAGUGAGGCCUGGCUCAAUGUGACGGUGAAGCGGCGCGUGUGGGGGCUCGUUGUCAAUGCCAGCCGCACGGUGGUGCUCCUGAAUGGGAGCGUGAGCUUCAGCACCUCGCUGGAGGCCGGCAGUGAUGUGCGCUAUUCCUGGGUGCUCUGUGACCGCUGCACGCCCAUCCCUGGGGGUCCUACCAUCUGUUUACACCUUCCGCUCCGUGGGCACUUUCAAUAUCAUCGUCACGGCUGAGAACAAGGUGGGCUCCGCCCAGGACAGCAUCUUCGUCUAUGUCCUGCAGCUCAUAGAGGGGCUGUAGGUGGUGGGCGGUGGCCGCUACUUCCCCACCAACCACACGGUACAGCUGCAGGCCGUGGUCAGGGACGGCACCAACAUCUCCUACAGCUGGACUGCCUGGAGGGACAGGGGCCCGGCCCUGGCCAGCAGCGACAAAGGCUUCUCGCUCACUGCGCUCGAGGCCGGCACCUACCGUGUGCAGCUGUGGGCCACCAACAUGCUGGGCAGCGCCUGGGCCGACUGCACCGUGGACUUCGUGGAGCCUGUGGGGUGGCUGAUGGUGGCCACCUCCCCGAACCCAGCUGCCGUCAACACAAGCGUCACCUUCAGUGCCGAGCUGGCUGGUGGCAGUGGUGUCGUACACUUGGUCCUUGGAGGAGGGGCUGAGCUGGGAGACCGCCGAGCCAUUUACCACCCACAGCUUCCCCACACCCGGCCUGCACUUGGUCACCAUGAAGGCAGGGAACCCGCUGGGCUCAGCCAACGCCACCGUGGAAGUGGAUGUGCAGGUGCCUGUGAGUGGCCUCAGCAUCAGGGCCAGCGAGCCAGGAGGCAGCUUCGUGGCGGCCGGGUCCUCUGUGCCCUUUUGGGGGCAGCUGGCCACGGGCACCAAUGUGAGCUGGUGCUGGGCUGUGCCCGGCGGCAGCAGCAAGCGUGGCCCUCAUGUCACCAUGGUCUUCCUGGAUGCUGGCACCUUCAAUAUCCGGCUCAAUGCCUCCAACGCAGUCAGCUGGGUCUCAGCCACGUACAACCUCACGGUGGAGGAGCCCAUCGUGGGCCUGGUGCUGUGGGCCAGCAGCAAAGUGGUGGCGCCCGGGCAGCUUGUCCAUUUUCAGAUCCUGCUGGCUGCCGGCUCAGCUGUCACCUUCCGCCUGCAGGUCGGCGGGGCCAGCCCCGAGGUGCUCCCCGGGCCCCGUUUCUCCCACAGCUUCCCCCGCGUCGGGGACCACGUGGUGAGCGUGCAGGGCAAAAACCACGUGAGCUGGGCCCAGGCGCAGGUGCGCAUCGUGGUGCUGGAGGCCGUGAGCGGGCUGCAGGUGCCCAACUACUGCGAGCCUGGCAUCGCCAUGGGCACUGAGAGGAACUUCACAGCCCGCGUGCAACGCGGCUCUCGGGUCGCCUACGCCUGGUACUUCUCACUGCAGAAGGUCCAGGGCGACUCGCUGGUCAUCCUGUCGGGCCGCGACGUCACCUACACGCCCGUGGCCGCGGGGCUGUUUGAGAUCCAGGUGCGCGCCUUCAACGCCCUGGGCAGUGAGAACCGCACGCUGGUGCUGGACGUUCAGGACGCCGUCCAGUAUGUGGCCCUGCGGAGCGGCCCCUGCUUCACCAACCGCUCGGCACAGUUUGAGGCCGCCACCAGUCCCAGCCCCCGGUGCGUGGCCUACCACUGGGACUUUGGGGAUGGGUCCCCAGGGCAGGACACAGAUGAGCCCAGGGCCGAGCACUCCUACCUGAGGCCUGGGGACUACCGCGUGCAGGUGAACGUCUCCAACCUGGUGAGCUUCUUCGUGGCGCAGGCCAUGGUGACCGUCCAGGUGCUGGCCUGCCGGGAGCCGGAGGUGGACGUGGUCCUGCCCCUGCAGGUGCUGAUGCGACGAUCACAGCGCAACUACUUGGAUGCCUACGUUGACCUGCGCGACUGCGUCACCUACCAGACUGAGUACCGCUGGGAGGUGUACCGCACCGCCAGCUGCCAGCGGCCGGGGCGCCCGGCGCGUGUGGCCCUGCGCGGCGUGGACUUGAGCCCGCCUCGGCUGGUGCUGCCGCGGCUGGCGCUGCCUGUGGAGCACUACUGCUUUGUGUUUGUCGUGUCAUUUGGGGACACGCCACUGGCACGGAGCAUCCAGGCCAAUGUGACGGUGGCCCCCGAGCGCCUGGUGCCCAUCACUGAGGGUGGCUCAUACCGCGUGUGGUCAGACACACAGGACCUGGUGCUGGAUGGGAGCGAGUCCUACGACCCCAACCUGGAGGACGGCGACCAGACGCCGCUCAGUUUCCACUGGGCCUGUGUGGCUUCGACACAGAGGGAGGCUGGCGGGUGUGCGCUGAACUUUGGGCCCCGCGGGAGCAGCACGGUCACCAUUCCACGGGAGCGGCUGGCGCUGGUGGCUGGCAUGGAGUACACCUUCAGCCUCACCGUGUGGAAGGCCGGCUGCAAGGAGGAGGCCACCAACCAGACGGUGCUGAUCCGGAGUGGCCGGGUGCCCAUUGUGUCCUUGGAGUGUGUGUCCUGCAAGGCACAGGCCGUGUACGAAGUGAGCCGCAGCUCCUACGUGUACCUGGAGGGCCGCUGCCUCAAUUGCAGCAGCGGCUCCAAGCGAGGGAUGGAGUCUCGCUCUGUCACGCAGGCUGGAGAGCAGUGGUGUGCUCUUGGCUCACUGCAACGUCCAUUUCCUGAGUUCAAGCGAUUCUUGUGCCUCAGCCUCCCAGUAGCUGGGAUUACAGGCACAUGCCACCACGCCCAGCUAAUUUUUGUAUUUUUAAUGGAGAAGUGGUUUCACCAUGUUGGCCAGACGUACUCUGGCCUCUUCUGCGUGGUGGUCAACCCCUAUAAACACCUGCCCAUCUACUCGGAGAAGAUCGUCGACAUGUACAAGGGCAAGAAGAGGCACGAGAUGCCGCCUCACAUCUAUGCCAUCGCAGACACGGCCUACCGGAGCAUGCUUCAAGAUCGGGAGGACCAGUCCAUUCUAUGCACGCUGGAGUGCAAUGGUGCGAUCAUAGCUCACUGCAGCCUGGAACUCUUGGGCUCAAUUGAUCCCCCUGCCUCAGCCUCCCGAGUAGCUGGGACCACAGGCCGUCUGGUGUUGAGGCGACAAGAAUGGAGACCAUGGAGGAGUGGAGUGGACUGGGCUGUGACCUGCCAAGGGGGGAAUGUUUUAAAGGACACCUUGGAAAAAAAGGGGGUAUUAGGGCAUUUAAAAGCAAGGAUCCGAGCUGAAGUUUUCAAUGCCCUAGAUGAUGACCGUGAACCCCGACCAUCAUUGUCUCAUGAAAACCUUCUAAUUAAUGAAUUAAUUCGAGAGUAUUUAGAAUUCAACAAAUAUAAGUAUACAGCAUCUGUCCUCAUAGCAGCUCACUGCAUCCUCCGCCUCCCGGGUUCAAGCAGUUCUCCUGCCUCAGCCUCCCGAGUACCUGGAACUACAGAAUCUGGUCAACCUGUAGUUCCAUUGGACAGACAGUUUCUCAUCCAUGAACUAAAUGCAUUUGAAGAAUCAAAGGAUAAUACAAUGUAA